GAACCGCGCGAGAAUAAAUUGGUUAAUAAAAACGCAGAAAAACGCGAGCGACAUGAAUACGAACGAGCGAGCCAUUGUUCGAUACGCUAAUACACGACAGAUGAUAAACGAAGCAGAGAGGUUAAUUCAUGAAACCGAGAAGCGUCUCGAGUCAAAAAGAUUUGUAGAUCGUUGUUUGACGCGGAUUGACGCAUUGCGUAAGAAACUCGAAGAUGUACCGAUAUUAAACAACUACGAAGAAAUACCCAAUCUUGCAGAGAUCGAUCGCGAGAGGCAAACGACGUUCAACAAUCUGAUGAAAGAUUUCGUUACGAUUUCUACGAACAAUAAGACGUGCGAGGACAGUUUUCGAAUUAAAGAUGCACAGGGACGAGACCUAUGCGACAUUUAUGCGAUGUUUUCUACAAGAGAUCUUUUGCCGUAUAAAGAGCGUAGCCACCGAGCAUAUCGUAUUAUUUACGAGUUAAUCAACGGACAAAUUUCAAGAAAAGUCGAACGAGAGACGGAAAUGGAGAUCAACGAUGGGACCGAGGAGGAGAUAACCGAGGAGAUUUCACCGUCUGGGACGACAGUCAGAUCCGAGGAGACGACCGAGCACGAGAGCCAAGAGUCAGAAGAUAAAUCGGAGACGAGGAAAGCAACCCGAUCUAGGGUGACGAAAGGCAAAAUAAUUUGGAAUCAACGCAAAUCAUUAUCCAGAAAGCAAAUGGCCAGGGCUCAGCCGAAAGACGAGAACGGAAGAUUCGUGAAAGUAGCGAAAAGCGGACUCGAAAUCAAAGAAAUGGUAACGUUAACUGGAGCUCAGACGAUCAACGAAGGGACCAAGGAGGAGAUAAUCCAGGAGGCUUCACCGUCUGGGACGACAGUCAGAUCCGAGGAGACGAUCGAGCACGAGAGCCAAGAGUCAGAAGAUAAAUCGGAGACGAGGAAAGCAACCCGAUCUAGGGUGACGAAAGAAUGCUGUGGAGACAGUUUAUUCGUAGUGCUCAAUUGCGUGUAACAACGCGGUGCUUCACUCGUAGCAGUAUUAUACGAGAAACUAACAAAACAGAUAAAAUUCCUGCACAAAAAAG